CAGUUAAACUGGACCACCGGAUGUCGUUUGACACGGACCCACCUUGGCGAUUCAGCACAAAGAACCAGGAGAGACUAUAAGAUACUAAUUCAGCUGGAAACCACGUGAUAAAAAUGGAACCUAAGUCGGAACCAAUGGACAGAAGUAUUGAGAAUAAAUCAGAAGACCUGAAAGAGGAAAGGAGUCAAUCUGGUCACCCAACUCUUGUUGAAAAGAAAAAAGAGCCACAUCCAACCCAUUCUUUCAAGUGGAAAUCAGUGGAACAGAAAACCACAUUAGUGUCCUGCAACAGAGCCGGAACUGUUGAGGACUCACUGAAAAGGAACCCACAGUUUCAGGUAAUAGCAAAAAAGAACAAAGGCAAAGAGCUUGUUCUUCUCAGGAAUGGGAAACCUAUUUGUUCACACUUUCCAUGCAGCUUAAUUAAAGAUGAGUGUUUAACUGUCAAGUUUAUCAAAGCUGUAAAGACGCCAGGGGAAACAGCUGCUGGCUCUGCUCAUGUCAGAAGAAAGGGCUCAUCUGAUGAAGUUGUGUUGUUUCAUGUACGGAUGAAGGGGGGGGAGGGUGUAAAGCGCAUCAUGAAGAACCCAAACCUAAAAAAGGAUGUUGACGAAAUUACAAUUUUUGCGUACAAAGGGGAAACAGUAAAGCAAGCUCUAACAAGAGAUGCUCGAUUUCUGGAUAUGGUAUUCAAAAAGAGGUGCGUGCUCUCUACUGAUGAAGUCGACGUGAACAUGUCCAAUCUGGUGGAUGACCUAGGUGACAAAACUUACACAAUCAAACAGGUCAAAAAUCUACCAGAUAGUCAGCCUAGCAGUCUUGAAGAUGAUUACGUACAGUCAGCUGAGUCUCAGAGACCUGACGCUGAAGAAAACCAGGAUCCUUCAGAGCAGUCAGUGAAUGACAAUACCGACACAAGUGGUAACACGGCAGCAGAACAAACCCCACUGCCUACCUCAGAAAAAAUGAGGAUUCACCUCUCUUCACAGUUUGAAAAUUUCAUGAAUGGGAAGAAAACGGUUCCCUUUCGGGUUGGGGAUAAGACCCUUCCUUUGAAGAAAAUCUUGCGUGUCGAGUAUGGAAAAAAUGCUCAGACGUGCACAGAAGUGAAAACAAUGAAGAAACUGAUGGGUUUCAGUGAUUCGGUUUGUCAGGUUAGAAUAAACGAUGGAUCAAUGGGGAGUGGCUUUCUCCUAUUUGACAGGUUUGUCCUCACAAAUGCCCAUGUGGUCAAAGGCGUUUAUAAUGAGAGUGAAAAGCAGCUUAAUAAUAAGGUCAUUGUUCAUUUCUCUUAUGAGAGUCUAAAUCAGACGGAGAGAGAACAGGAUUCGGUUGCAGAAGUAGAAGUAGAGGAGGUCGCUGGCUUUGAAUACAUCGAGGAGAUGUAUGACUGGGCUUUGUUAAAGCUCAAGGCCGGUGUGAACUUGCCUAAUGACCUGUUAAAUAAAUGUGGAUACGUUAACCAAAGCCAUGGUGUUUGCAUCAUCGGGCACCCUGAUGGUGGAGUGAAAAAAAUAGAUCCAUGCUUGUGUAUUGCACCUGAAAACCGAAAACAGGUUGUGGAGAAGAGCCGCAUCAAAAAUAAAGACAACACUAUAUUGAUUACUGAGCGUUACUUUGAAAAAUGGCAGUAUCUAUUCUAUAGCGAAAAUGUUCGAACUUACAAAACUUCUUUUUAUGAAGGGGCGUCUGGCUCUCCUGUCUUUGAUAAGGACUGCAACGUUUUGGCAAUGCAUACAGGAGGGUAUAAGUACGGAGACAUAAAAACAGAUACAAGAAAGAAUGUGAUCGAGUUUGGCUAUUCUUUGUCUGACAUCAUUGAACGCAUCAUUAUCCAGUUGGUGGAAAGAGAAAGGUUUGAGGUGUUGAAGGCAUUCCUCGCUUCUGAUCGAACAAACCUCAAAAAGACGAUGAGAAAUGUGAAGAAACUGGUUGAGAGCAGAAACCUUAAAGCAUUCAAAGCUGUUGUACGCAGACCAGUGGCUGACGAGACUUUAAAGCAGUUGUUUGAAUUCUUCUGUCCAAAAGAGGAACCUGUCCCAAUGGAAACUUAAUAAAUGUACACAGACAAGUACAGUGCUAACUGCUGACAAAAGACAGUCAGUGAAAAGUGAGCGAAUCUGUUUUCAUAGAUCAGGACUCUCGUAAGGAAAGGCCGGGAGUUGUAGAGGGAUCAAACUGAUGCUGGUUUAUAAUAAUAAAGUAACAAUAAUCACUUUUUGGAUAAAGGGAGCGGUGAUUUUUAGCCUGAUUGCAAAUACUUGUUUUUGUUGAGGUUGUAUUUUGUUCAUGUGAAAAACAAACGUGUUUUUUUUUAAACUCAACUAUCAUAGUAUGAGCUACAAAUAUCCAUUGUCAUGUUUUUUAACCUUGUGUCUUUUAGAUUUUCGAUUUAACCAUUUGUUUUUAAAUGUAAAGCAUUUUGUGUGCAUUUGCUGUAUUUUGUCGUUCUAUUUCAAAUGUUUCUGUUUUGGAAAAGUCCAUUGACCGGAUAAUUGGAAAGAUCUUACCUGGUCCAAACUGGGGGAUUCCUUUACUUAGUUACUCUGUAAGAAAAUGACAAUGAUGGACGGGUGGGGCUUCAAUUAUUUUCUUUCUUGUAUGAGUUUUGGUUGUCAUUUGAAAUAAAGGUAUUUUCUUUAAUCAGCUAUAUAAAUGUAUGAAUGAAAGGUCAAAGAUCAAAAUCUGAGUUAAAUAACACAAUCUGACCUUUUCUGUCUCAACUGAUGUCUGUUGGUGAAACUACACUUGUCCACAUCACUGCACACAUCUUUUGUAUUGAUAUUAGUGUGUUUUUUGUUUGUUUUUAACUGGGAUAUAAAUGUAAUUAUUUCUUUGCUGACUAUCAUAGUUAUUAUUUUUCUCCAUGGUUAUUUUUGUAUUUUCUAAUUUUGUGAUAUUCUAACAAUAUUUCGGGUUGAGGCUUUAAAACUAGCCCAUUGGGGUUUCUGCCUCCCCUGCACUGUGUAGUAUUUGUUGUGAUUUUUCUAUGUAUUCUUUUAAUCUUUGCUGAAUAAAACCUAAAAUACCUAA